GCCGGACAAGUUCUGCGACCUCGCCUGGGCGUUGCCGGACGGCGCCCGCGUGUACGACGAUGGCCUUUACCGGGCUGUCGACAUCUACCUCAAGGCUCAUCCCGGGCUGAGCGAAGAAGAGAAGGAGAAGGUGAGCGGCGUGGUGGACGGGCGCAAGCUGACACUGGAGGCGUGCACGCACGCGGCGCAGAAUGAACGGCUGCCGCUGCGGACGGUCGUGCAGGUGCUCUUCUUCGAGCAGCUCCAGCUCCGUAGGGCCAUCGCGCGGACAAUCAUGGCGAACGAAGGCGGGGCGGCGGGCUCGGGGGAGGAAGGCGGCGACAGCGACGGUGGCGGGACGUGGCGCGUGGCCACACGGGGCAACCAGAUGCUGCGGCUGGACAUGGACAGCAUGCGGAACCGCGUGCAGGAGCUAGAGCGCGAGUGCACGAGCAUGAGGAAAGCCAUCGAGAAGAUGGACCGGCGAGGCGGGGCAGCGGCAGAUAGGGGAACACCGUCUGCGGCGGCAGCGGCGGAUGGGAGGUGGGGCUAGGUGACCAAGCGGUUCGGGUGCAAAUUCCCGGCGCAGGUCUGCCAGUCGCAGCAGCGGACGGUGGUGGCACGGCCUCGCCGGCCACGCAUUGAGCAGAGCCCAUGAGCUCUCGCCGCCGCACAUCGUAGAGCUUGGAGACUUCAUUGUUCUGUUCUCUUGAUUCUUUGUUUCGAUUUGUGAAAAAUUCAGAUUUUCCCUUGCCUAGCAUGGUGUCUUUUUUUUCCAAGUUCUACAGUUGAAUUGCGUGUUAGCAAUCGCUCAGACUGGGCAAACAAAUUGUUUCAUCCAACUCUCGUCACUAACAAGUGCUACAAUUUACAAC